AUGCCACUGGAACGACUAGAGAAGUCAGUAACCUCGAAGAGCACACUUCCUCCGACAUCCCAGAUUCCAGGCCUCAGUGACCUUGCAAAAGCUCCCUUUGAAGCUGUGCCGGGGUGCCGCAGGAAGUGGAUCAAAGAGACCGAUUCAGCUUACGUCAGGCUGGCAAAGCAAGGAGGCCGACAUGACCUACUGAAGCACUACACUCCUGUGACAACGAAGUCUUCUCCAGCAGCAUAUGCUGCACCUGACUGGUACUCACACUGCUCCAAUCCCCCAGCGACCAAUGAGCCACGGAGCUACGUUUCCUCUCUACCAGAUUAUAUGGUUCACAGAGAGUUUAAGGCUGAUGACCAUCAUGGUAGUAGUUAUGAGACAAGAAGAGGGCCUUUUGAUUUUGAUAUGAAAAGUGUUUGGCAGCGGGAUGCUGAGGACAAAGAAAACGCAGAGAAAAAGAAGGUAAAGCUCCCAGCUAUAAACCCUAAAUAUCCAACCAGAAUGCCGAAUGUUUCUACAAACAAGGAAUUUAGUGGGAAAAAUAAGCUUUCCUUCCCACCUAUGCCAGCUCAGAGAAAAAGUGAAGCAGUAAACUUUAGCAAAUUAAUUAGCAAUGGUUAUGGGACCGACUGGUUUCAACAGUGUACUGCAUGGGAAAAAAAGAUUCACGAAACAUCAGAAAAUAGUCAGCAGUCCAAAGAUUCAGAGCCAUCGAAGUCUGAAUCAGCACCUGCAAGCAAUGAGUCAAAGCCGCAGUUUUAG